UGUCCUCCUCGCUCACAGGCAGCGCCAGGCUGUGCCAGUGACUAGUCCGUGUGACAGGGGGACGUAGAGCGGCGGGUGCCCGGGGCUCGCACAUUGGGGAGGGCCUGAUUGGGAGAGCUCCUGUUAGGGGGGCUGUGUGAGGGGAGGCGGCUGCUGUGGGGCCUCUCUUGCCCCCUUUUGCUGCUGCUGUACAUCGCACACUCCCCCAUCUCCAGCAGCGGCUGCCGCAGGACGGAGGGGGCGGAAGGGUUGUGUGUCGCUGUUGCUGCUGCGAGGGCUGGAGGAGGACAGGAUGGCUCGGCCCAGGCCCCGAGACUACAAGGCUGGAGAACUGGCGUUUGCCAAGAUGAAGGGCUACCCGCACUGGCCGGCCAGGAUUGAUGAACUGCCGGAAGGAGCUGUGAAACCACCAGCAAACAAAUUUCCAAUCUUCUUUUUUGGAACCCAUGAGACUGCAUUUUUGGGACCAAAAGAUCUUUUCCCCUACAAGGAAUUUAAGGACAAAUUUGGAAAGUCAAACAAGCGGAAAGGAUUCAACGAAGGAUUGUGGGAGAUUGAAAACAACCCUGGUGUUAAAUUUACUGGUUAUCAGAUGCAUCUGAAGGCAAUCCAGCAACAGAGCUCAUCAGAAACAGAAGGAGAUGGAGAUGGAGGCAAUGCUGCUGACGGCAGCAGCGAGGAAGAGGGGGAUCAGGUGGAGGAGGAUGGGAAGGGCAAAAGGAAGAAUGAAAAAGCAGCUUCCAAGAGGAAGAAGUCCUACACUUCAAAGAAACCAUCCAAGCUUUCUCGGAAAUCUUCGGCAGACGAGGGAGAAAAAGACAGCAAAGAUGAAGACAAUAAGAGUGGGUCAGAGGCUGGUGACGUGGACAACGACACGAGAAAUGCUUCAGAAGUGCAGAAAAUCAAUACAGGGAAUGUUUAUGCGAGAGGUGGGGCCCGUAAGAAAUGCACAGAUGCUAAAGAGAAAUUAUAAUUCUUAGUGGCACACAUGCAAGAUUGACCUAACCAAGUACAGCAUACCGUGGGAAGAGGUCCAUAAUUCGCAGUUUAGUAUUCUUGGAUUUGAUAUGACUCAACGCAUUUAAUUGUUGCCACAAAGAGAUUGUCAGUUUGUAUACAUAAUACCAUGUUCCUGUUUGUUGUGUUUGCUGUCAGCAGAAGUAUAUCUCCUCUAGGGGGCAGCCUUUCAUUUUACAUUAUUCUGUUGCAUGAAGUUGCCCUUUACACAGGCUACUGUUAUGUUUUCGCAGCCUCCCAUGUGUGCAAUUUUGUUUCCAAUCUUGAGAUCAUUUAAUAGUUAAUUCAUUUAUAUAACUAUUUUCCUACAGGAGAACAUUAAAAUCACUCUCUACUACAAAGAGAGGUUCUCAAAUAUAUUAGUUACCUUGAUAUAAAUAAAACUUACCUGUAUGAUAUGUUUAAUAACACAAAAUAUAUUGUACGGUAGCUUAUCUAAUUAGAUAUUACAUAGGAAUGCUUUGAAUUAUUGAUUGCAGCAUCUCAUAUUUGUCCAUCUUCCACAUGAAGUCGAUGUGGGCAAGGCUUGCAGGUAUUGAUGAUUACGACAGUACACAAUGAGUUAAAUCAAUAUAUUACAUGCUCACUUAUGUAUAUGUUAGAUGCUAUUUACUGUCCACUGUUAAACUUCUUUGUACAUUCUCGGUACAAAUUAAAAGGCAGCUUUGAAACAUGGUUUGUCAGUAGUAGGGCUAUACUUAUUAGCUACAAACCUUCACAGGUAAGAGGAGGAAGCAACGUCUGAAAAAGGGAAUUUAAUGUUAAUGAAAAAUGAAUGUUGUUUUCUUAAUACUAGUAUUCUGCUAUUAUUACUUACAAAGCACUUUUUUAUUUCUGUAUUAAAAUGUGUAGGUGUGUUCUAGAAAGAAAAAUCAGGGGGUACUUUGUAACUGACAAUGAUCUGCAGUGUCUGUAAUAUUGACCUAAGGGGACACUUAGUACACCUUACCAGACCUAAAGGGUUAUAUCACAUGAAAAGCCUAUUUUACGUCAACAGAAUGAUGGGCAGAGAUGCUCAGUAAGUCAUAAGCCACAACUUAAACCGUCCACCUCUUUUCAUUUAAUACUCCGUUUAAUCAGACAUACUGUACCUGCCAUUAUUAAACACUCAACAGGCUAACAUUUUUCCAGAAAUUACCCCAAAAUGUUUUUUUGUUUUUUUUAAUUAAUCACCAAAAUUGUGUCAAUAAUAUGGACGGGGUGGAGAAGGUGGGCUGGACGGAGUAGUGGGGAUGAUGCUGUGACAAGUGGGGGUGGGGGGGCAGACAGAUUGAUGGGCGGGACGGGCGAUUACAUUUUAUUAAUUAUAUAUAUAUAUAUAUAUAUUUGUAUAUAUAUAUAUAUAUAUAUAUAUAUAUAUAUAUAUAUAUAAAGAGAGUACGGAAUGAAAAAAGGCACUUAGGACAAUAUGUUUAUUGUGCAAACACAAUGUUUCGAAUCAGUGUAAUUCUUUUUCAAGCUCUACCUGUUAAAAAAUUUUAAUAACACUCAUUUGGAAUGUUGCUUUUUGCACAUUAAACAUAUUGGUUUAUUGGUUUAUUGCAUAUAUAUAUAUAUAUAUAUAUAUAUAUAACACGCCCACAUAUACACACACACCUGAUUGCCCGAUCACUGUGGCCAUCAUUGAUCUGAACACAUUGUUCUGCGGCAACCACGUUAAUGCACACUCAUCUGUACUGACUGAAGCCCGCAGGAGGGGUGUCGCCGGGCUGCCUGAUCACUAUGGCCAGCAUUUAUCGGGACACACUAGGGGAUUAGCCAUGGGUGCAGGGGAAGGUAGAGGUUUCGUUGAGAUUGGCAGCUGCUGGAAGAUUAUCUUCCGCCAACCCCCAGUGGGCAUUUUUGACUGGUCACAUCAGAUGUGACCAUGUCAAGAAAAGCCCAGCCUGACAUGAUUGCAUCUGAUGUGACCGAGCCAGGCAAGUGGUUAAUGAAGCCCAUGCUAUACAGAGAGGUUUUUUUAUGAGACAUGGCUCAUUAAAUCUGAAUUUGCUUCACGUUAGUACAUUGUCUCACGUGAUCUCUCAGUACUCUCAUCUUCACUGCAGCUAGGGAGGCCAAUCUCGGGAUCAGCGGGAUCCCGGGAUUUAGGCCCCAAAACGGCCGGGAUUCAAUGCCGGGAUUGGAAGCUCCAAUCCCGGGGAUUGAGGGAUCAGCGUUGAGCGUCCUCAUGACGCUCAGACGCUGCCCGGCUCCCGCCUUUCGGCUCCCCCUGCGCAGCGUGACCUGUGCCUGUGAGGUCACGCUGCGCUGUCAGCAGCCGCAGAGCAGGAAGGUACGGCGGUAUUCACCCGCCGCCUCCCGAUACCCGGGAUAGAAAAAAUGGCCCGGGAUUGGCCUCCCUAACUGCAGCCCUCUCACUGUGUUGAACUUCAGCUGAGAUAUCAUCACACUUGUGACCGAGAACUUGAUAAGGAGUUUGGGAGAUACAGUUCAAGAACAGGGGAUGGGACAUAACCAUGAAGAUUGUUAGCCUUUCCAAAUGUAAAAGUUACUGUUGUUAUUAGAUUUGAUCCUCACCUGACAAUGUAUGGGCUUAGGGAGAAUGAUAGGAUUUUUCUUUUACCCAAAAAUUGUAUUUACAAUACUAAUAAAUAGUCAUUCCAGAAUGUAUUUUCUUGUGGACAAUACUGUUGCUAUUGUGAGAAUAGAUUUUAUUUAUUUUAUUGCAUUUUUUUUUCGGUGAAAACAUUUUCUCUGUAUUCGUUCUGCUCAUUCUCUAAAACAUCUUUAGCAUUGCCAAUGUUGUAGUUGAAACACAUCACAUAUAAAGUUUGUAUUGCUGUUUUAACAUAAUGGACACUUCAGAUGUGUGUCAGAAAUAAGGUUAAAAGAUUGUAAGGAAUAAAAAAGGUCACAGUUGACUUAAUUUACAAUAUAUGUAACGCGAAUAUUAAAACAAAAAAUUUAUGUAAA